AUGUAUUCAAAAAUCAUAUUAUUUUUCGUUUCAUCGCUAUUUCUAAAGACAAUCAACGGUCAAUAUACAGGAAAUUCAUACAAUGGAAUUAUUGGCAAUGGUAUUCCUACUGAAAAUUUAGUUUUGGGAAAUCCCUUUGGGUUAUGCCUCGGAGCGCCUCUAGCAGGAUUGCCGUGUGGAGCAAUCAUUGCAGAGACUCCUUUAACAUACGGACCAAAUAUCGUUGAAAACUUUCCUAUCACAAGUACAUCACGUAUUCCACCCGGAAGCAUAUCCAUAUUCUCUGACAACUUAGUUGUUGAAGGGCCAAUUCUCGUAAACGGACAGUUACCAUUCUUGGCCAGUGUAGCCGUACAAGGCGAAAUACCUGCUGUUGGAAGAGGUGCUGUAUCCUAUGGAUGUGGUAAUGGUGAAAUUGGUAUCAUAUCUGAAGAAAUCGCACCUCCCGCAUCACAAUUUGGCCGUGGCAAUGGGUUUGGUUACCCUGGAGAAGUGGGCUUUGGAUAUGGCUUUACGGGAACGAGCCCUAACUACCGUGGUUGCAUAGCAUAG